AUGAACGCCCUCCACGUACAGAUCCCCCGCUUUUCACUAUUGGGAGUGGUAUGGCUGGCCUUGGCAUCUGCUGCGGUGCCAGUGGCUUCUAUGGGCAUAUUCACAAAUUUCACCAUAGACGACAACUCAACUAGAUUUCAGUAUCUCCCCGAGGGUAGCUGGACACUGGGAUCGACCCCGUUCCUACAGCUCGAUCCCUUGCAAUUGUCUGCGGGCACUUGGCAUGGUGCGACGGGAAAUCCGCAGGAUACAAGCCUCAGAGAAAUACAUCUUAAUUUCACAGCGGUCUAUGUAUUCUGCGUUAUGGCUAACCAACCCCCUCAGGCUCCCGAGAAGCCGUUCGAUACUUUCGCGGCCUACAAAUUCCUCAUCGACGAUGUUGUCGUUGGUGAAUUCCGCCAUGAAGCAGAAGACACAACUGAAUAUUUCUAUAACACCCCAGUCUAUGUAAACACAAGCCUGCCGAACAAAGACCACCGCUUCACUAUCCUGCUCGACUCCGUCGACCGGCCUGCGUUGAUGUUGUUCGAUUAUCUUGUAUAUUCAACGAUGAGCUCCCCCUCCGCCACGCCAUCUGUGUCCUUCCCUUCCCUUAGAACGGAUGUCUUCAGUGUUGCGGACGACAUCUUCUCAGUGGUGACGAACAUAAUCGGCGAAGUGGUAUCAAAAGUUCGGAACGGCGUAACGCCAAGCGCAACAACGACACCCCCCGCCGUGACGUCCUCUCUCCCUACAUCUCAACACCCCGCCUCCCCUACGUCCUCGCAGCUCGCACUGACAACUUAUACUUAUACAAGUUCAGCGAGCAUCACCCCCACCUAUAUCACAAGCUCAUCUCAACCUUCCCCUUCUCUCGGGUCCGGAUCCGAUAAGAAUAUUGCACCAGAGACCGGGAAAUCGGACGACACCGUCGUCAUCGUGGGCGGCACUCUAGGGAGCAUUGUCCUUUUCAUAUUGGCGAUGAUAAUAGUUCUCCUCAUGCGUCGUACAUUGGCUACCAAAGACCCCCUCCAAGUGUGGCGCCCCUGGCGGCGCUAUGGCCACUUCAUGUCGUUAUCUCUCCUUAAUCGCUUGAGUGUCCACCCACUGAAUCCAGAAGAUGCAACGACUCCUCUCGGUCCACCCCCGAUCAACGCGCAAGGCGAGGUUCUUGGGCAGCAGCUGGGGGCACGCCCCUCUGUGCCAGCUCUUGGCCCGCCAGCCACAAGGGAUUUGGACCAGUCACUCGUCGUCGCUCCGAACAAUGUGGAUCGACCAUCCCCACCAGCCAUUAUGGCGCCCUAUAACACAGACACAAACGACUGGCUAUCCGAUUACGGCUUGCCAGACGAGCCGCUGCCUGAAUAUGUUCCGUGA